CCCCCGGCCGCCCCGUCCCCUCCCUGGUCCCUGAGAGCGCUUCUGCGGCUCCAGGGAGGGGACGCUUCCUAAUCUCAGGCCGGGGUUAAAGUUCUGGUCCUGGUGAGAUGCUGGAAGCUGCGGCCCAAGCCCCAACCCGCCCUGGAGGUGUCCUGUCGCUUGCCGCCGCCGCCGCCGCUGCCGCCGCCACUGCCACCCUGCCGGGGCCAUGUUCGCCCUGGGCUUGCCCUUCUUGGCUCUCUUGGUGGCCUCGGUCGAGAGCCAUCUGGGAGUUCUGGGGCCUAAGAACGUCUCGCAGAAAGACGCGGAGUUUGAGCGCACCUACGUGGAUGAGGUCAACAGCGAGCUGGUCAACAUCUACACCUUCAACCAUACCGUGACCCGCAACCGGACGGAAGGUGUGAGAGUGUCCGUGAAUGUCCUGAACAAGCAGAAGGGCGCUCCUUUGCUGUUUGUGGUCCGCCAGAAGGAGGCGGUGGUGUCCUUCCAGGUGCCCCUGAUCCUCCGAGGGAUGUUCCAGCGCAAGUACCUCUACCAAAAGGUGGAGCGAACGCUGUGUCAGCCCCCGACCAAGAAUGAGUCCGAGGUCCAGUUCUUCUAUGUGGAUGUGUCCACCCUGUCACCAGUUAACACCACGUACCAGCUCCGCAUCAGCCGAAUGGAUGACUUCGUGCUCAGGACCGGGGAGCCGUUCAGCUUCAACACCACAGCAGCGCAGCCCCAGUACUUCAAGUAUGAGUUCCCAGAAGGAGUGGACUCGGUCAUUGUCAAGGUGGCCUCCAACACGGCCUUCCCCUGCUCAGUGAUCUCCAUCCAGGAUGUGCUGUGUCCUGUGUAUGAUCUGGACAACAACGUAGCCUUCAUCGGCAUGUAUCAGACGAUGACCAAGAAGGCGGCCAUCACCGUGCAGCGUAAGGACUUCCCCAGCAACAGCUUUUACGUGGUGGUGGUGGUGAAAACUGAAGACCAGGCCUGUGGGGGCUCCCUGCCUUUCUACCCCUUUAUAGAAGAUGAACCGGUCGAUCAAGGGCACCGCCAGAAAACCCUGUCCGUGCUGGUCUCGAGAGCAGUCACGUCGGAGGCCUACGUUGGCGGUAUGCUCUUCUGCCUGGGCAUAUUUCUCUCCUUCUACCUGCUUACUGUGCUCCUGGCCUGUUGGGAAAACUGGAGGCAAAGGAAGAAGAGCCUUCUGGUGGCCGGGGACCGAGCCUGCCCAGAAAGCGGUCAUCCCCGGGUCCUGGCCGACUCCUUUCCUGGCGGCUCCCCCUAUGACGGCUACAACUACGGCUCCUUUGAGAACGGUUCUGGCUCCACCGGCUCCACUGACGGUCUGGUUGACAGUGCGGGCCCCGGGGACCUAUCCUACAAUUACCAGGGGCACAACCAGUUCAAGCGACGCCUCCCCUUUGGCGAGAUGCGGCAGCUGUGCAUUGCCAUGGGUAGAUGUGGGGAGGACCCCGUGGGCACUCGACCACGACUGGACUCCAUGAGCUCCGUGGAGGAAGAUGACUAUGACACUCUGGCCGACAUCGAUUCAGACAAGAAUGUCAUUCGCACCAAGCAAUACCUCUACGUGGCUGACCUGGCGCGCAAGGACAAACGUGUCCUGCGGAAGAAGUACCAGAUCUACUUCUGGAACAUCGCCACCAUUGCCGUCUUCUAUGCACUUCCCGUGGUGCAGCUGGUGAUCACCUACCAGACGGUGGUGAAUGUCACAGGGAACCAGGACAUCUGCUACUACAACUUCCUCUGUGCCCACCCACUGGGCAACCUCAGCGCCUUCAACAACAUCCUCAGCAACCUGGGGUACAUCCUGCUGGGGCUGCUCUUCCUGCUUAUCAUCUUGCAACGGGAGAUCAACCACAACCGGGCCCUGCUGCGCAACGACCUCUGUGCUCUGGAAUGUGGGAUCCCCAAACACUUUGGCCUCUUCUACGCCAUGGGCACAGCCCUGAUGAUGGAGGGACUGCUUAGCGCUUGCUAUCACGUCUGCCCCAACUACACCAAUUUCCAGUUUGACACGUCGUUCAUGUACAUGAUCGCGGGGCUCUGCAUGCUGAAGCUCUACCAGAAGCGGCACCCAGACAUCAACGCCAGUGCCUACAGCGCCUACGCCUGCUUGGCCAUCGUCAUCUUCUUCUCCGUGCUGGGCGUGGUCUUCGGCAAGGGGAACACAGCAUUCUGGAUCAUCUUCUCGAUCAUCCAUAUCACUGCCACCCUGCUGCUCAGCACACAGCUCUAUUACAUGGGCCGCUGGAAGCUGGACUCAGGGAUCUGCCGUCGCAUCCUCCACGUGCUCUACACGGACUGCAUCCGGCAGUGCAGUGGGCCUCUCUACGUGGACCGCAUGGUGCUGCUGGUCAUGGGCAACAUCAUCAACUGGUCGCUGGCGGCCUAUGGGCUCAUCAUGCGUCCCAAUGAUUUCGCCUCCUACUUGUUGGCCAUUGGCAUCUGCAACCUGCUUCUUUACUUUGCCUUCUACAUUAUCAUGAAGCUCCGGAGCGGGGAGAGGAUCAAGCUCAUCCCCCUGCUCUGCAUCGUCUGUACUUCGGUGGUCUGGGGCUUCGCCCUCUUUUUCUUCUUCCAGGGACUCAGCACCUGGCAGAAAACCCCCGCAGAGUCGCGGGAGCACAACCGGGACUGCAUCCUCCUCGACUUCUUUGACGACCAUGACAUCUGGCACUUUCUCUCCUCCAUCGCCAUGUUUGGGUCGUUCCUGGUGUUGCUGACGCUGGAUGACGACCUGGACACCGUGCAACGGGACAAGAUCUAUGUCUUCUAGGGGAGCUGGGCCCCUUGCUUCUCUCAUGGAGCCCUGAGCUCCUCUGCCUCACCGCCCGGAGGUUCCAUAGUGCCAGGGGCCUGAGUCCCAGCCCUGCCGCCCAGUGCCAGAGGCGGUGGGACAGCGAGGUCCGGCCCAGGCUUGGCCUGGGACAGUCACAGGGUGACCUUGAGCCUCGCUCCUGCCCUCUGCCAGGGAUGAGGCCUGUGCCCCUUCAGCCCCAAAUGUUGGCCAAACUGCUGCUUUAUUCUCAGUGUUGGGGCCUUCCACGGGUCCCUGUCCAUCAGCUCUCCGAUUGUUGUUCUGCAGGAGGAAGGAGGGAAGCGUUGCCUGCCCAUUUCACAGCUUGCGUCUGGCCGUCCUUCCCCUUCCCUCCUGGCCUGGACCCAAAGCCUACCCUUCUUGCCCGAGCUUCCACUCCAGGGCCCCCGGUCUGGGGCCCGAUUCUCUGUCCUGCACCAGAGUUCGCUCCACUUCUCCUGGGUCUGCGCCUGCCUGCCAUCACUGCCCUCUCUGGUCAGCCAGGAUGGAUGCGGCUGUCGAAUCUGGGGGCUGGCUGGCUGGUGCUGGGCUUUUGGUGCUAAGGCCUGCAAGAGAUCCUGGGCAGCGCUGCCGCCUCUCUCUGACCUGCGCUCAGGGCUGGUUCUUUAGCAAUGAGGGACAAAGCCCGCAGCGUGGGAACCGCCUGUGAUUGAAGAGCUGAAUUCGGAGGUCUUUCAUAUGCCGUCAGCCCCCAGACUGACGAUGGCACCCAGUGACUGAUGUUGGCAACCAGGAUUGGAAGGAAAAAGCAACUCACUCCUUUCCUUUCUUUCUCUUUCUAGGCCCUUAGUCCUGCCAAGCCCCAUUUGUGGGCCUUUCAGUGCCAUUUGACACUGCCCGAGAAUGUCCAGAGGCGAAGGAGGGGCAUUACAGAGAGCACAGCUCCUCCACGGCCACAGGAGCCCCAGUGCCUAUCUUAGGGGCUCAGGGAAGGGACAUGCCCUUCCCCUCUGUGUCCCUGGUCCAACCUCACUCUGGGACACAGGGCUGGCUUCUAAGUUUCCGUCCAGUCUUCAGCCAAGUUCUGUGUUACACAUACACAUGCACACGUAUGAAACCUUGAGUUUACACUGAGUUGCCCUAACUGGUUCCCCUGGCUGCUCUUUCGCCCUGCCUGGUCUGUUCCAGAUGCCAAGGUUGGGGAGAUCAGGUCAGGCCUCUGCCUUGGGGAUGGGAAUGUGUUUUAUUCUCCUCAACUUGUUUUUAUAGCUCUCCCUUGGGCUGGGGAGAGGCGGAGGGUCUGGAUCUUUUUUCAGAGCUCCGUUGAAUGUCUGUUUCCAUGCUAUGGUUGCAUUUCUGUUUUCUAUGAAUGAGUUUGCAUUCAAUUAAAGAAACAACCAGAUGCAGUCCUU